CGCGAGCCCUGGGAUCGCAGUUACUGUGUCCAGUGGAACGUGCGUAGAUCGUGGGCAGGCACGUUUGCAGUAUCAGCUCCGAGUGAUAAGAAGCAGCCUUUUCGCUCCCCAGAGGGUCUAGUAAAGCUUGGGGCAGAAGCUUAUUGUUUGGAAUGCCUCGUGGCGCUUUCUCUUUUGGAGAUGAAACUGCGCCAGGAAAGGAGUUUGUAGCUAAAAUGUCCAAGAGUUGGGCAGCGCGGUAGAUUUGCUCGUACUGUAAAUACUGGACUAAGGGAUGGGCGAUGGGAAGAGAACGUUUGUCGAUGGGCGUCUUCUAAGCGUUGCCUGGAGAUCGGGGCCUUCCUGAAAACUCGGCCUCUAGGAGGAAAGAGACUGUAAGGGUAAUUUUCAAGGGAUGUUACGUCUAGACGCACUUCUCUGAAAGUCACAGGGCGCAAGUGGUUUAAAACAGUCUUAAAGAAGCAAAAGCAAACAGUGGGCGCUUGACCUUCUGACUUACUUGGAUAUAAAUUCUCCGAAAUAUCACAUCGAAAAAGAUCCUGGAACACGGACUUAGUGCGCUUCCUGGGCUCCCACUCCGCAGCCCACUCGCGAGAAGCCGGAAAAGGCUGGAGUGAACGUUGGGAAACCUCGGAGAGAGGGGGACCCCCGUCAAGCCCACGUGGGGCGCCCGGGGCCCCUCGGCCCCCCAGCGGGUCAUGGCCGACAGCGGGCUCGGCAGCUCGGGCCCUUGGUGGAAAUCGCUAACCGGCAGCAGAAAGAAAAGCAAGGAAGACGCCACGGGGGCCCAGCCUGAAGCUGGGGAUCCUUUGCCGCCCGAGCCUGAUUGGACUAGCAGCUCCCAAGAGAACCAGCAUCCAAAUGUCCUCGGGGGCGCCGGGGAGACCCCCAAGUCAGACAAAUUAUGCGCAGAGAAAUCUGGCAACAGCCGGCGCAAUUUGAAGAUCUCGCGCUCGGGGCGCUUUAAGGAGAAGAGGAAAGUGCGUGCCACCCUGCUCCCCGAGGGAGACCGGCCCCCGGCGGAGGCGGGCUUCCCUGGUGACCCCCAGGACGACCCACAGGGAUAGCCAGCGCCUCCUCCAGGACUGUCUCCUUUCCCACCGGUACGCCCAGCCCCUGGCUCGGAAGGAGAGUUCUGCCCUGCCCUCAGCUUCGCGUGGCGCCCACCAAAUUCAGAAUAUUCACCCAAGGCCUUCAAGAUUUUUUUUUUUCCUGGAAAGUAAAGUGUCAACUGAGUUUUAAAUAUUUAAUGACUGAAAAAUACAUUAAGUAAUUAUUUAUAAUAAGAAAAAAAAACACUUGCUGCUGAGGAUGGCCUUUUCUUCUUCGUUUUCAAAAAGCUCUUCUGAAGCCUUGCCUUUCCCUGUCCAUCCACCCAAGGGAGCGGGAUAGAUGGGUGGCACUUUUGGGGACAGUAAGGUAGCCGAACUUUUACAACUCCAAAGCGAGGAAGGCUGCUUUUAUGGAAGACUCUAGGAGCCAAACACAGUGCUGUUUUCAGUGCCCGAGAAAUGCACUUUAGGGGCACUGCUCUAGGCUUAUGCCUUCAGUGAAGGGACAGGACAGAAGAGCCAUCCCUAAGUCAGGAGCAUUGUGAAGUAAGGCAGGAUACCUUAAUGAUGUUAACUGCAAAGUUGUAUGGGCCUGUUUCAGAAUAGACUAUUAAAAUUGUUGCACUGUAUGACUUAAGGUGACUUUGUUUUAUUAUUUUUCCAUUCCAAGUUGGAAACUCAUCAUACUUAAAAGCAGACAUUCCAGGCAGGUGUGAGGUGACGUGUUAAUUAUUUGCCACACGACAUAGCAGCUACUGUUGGAAAGCUACAGAACAGAGAACAUUUUCAGAAACCAACAACACCCAACUGGAACCAGUUAGCCAAUUCCAAUUUACUAACCAAACUUCAGAAAGUAAAGUGCCAAUUCAAGAUGACUAAAUUCUCCAUUUGCUGCAGUGAAUUUCUGUCCAGUAAAUCACAAAGCCAAUAAUAAUGCAACCUGUUUGGUAUCCGUGGUUAGCUUUACACUGAAAAUGUUUGAACCCAUGAAAGCGACUCAUGCAGUGUGCCAAGCUGUUUUUUUGUUUUUCCUUAUUUCAGUGUUCCAGACAACUAUCUUCUAGUCUGAGAGCAGCCUUUAUCUGGUUUCAAAGCCUUUAAUCAAUUAAGCUGAAGAUUCUGAUUUUAAAAAUCUACCUGUUUGCUUUUAUUCUGAGCUUCAAGAAAAAGUAAAUGAAAAUGCCAUCUGCUUUCAGCAAGUUACAAAAGUUACUCUAGUCACUAAGGGACUGAGGACCUUUCCCAACACAGUUCACUUCAUGGAUCAUCAUCCACUAAUACCAAGUAGAGAAACUGCAUUCAUUGCAGUGUGUUUUAGACAAUAAUAAGGAAACAGAAUUGGAGCUGCUCAGUUUGUAAAUAUAGGGAGGCCAGUUUCUGCUUCUGUCAGAUUAGUGAUUUAUAAGAUAGUAAUACAAAUCUAAAGAGAAAUCUCAUGGAGAAAUUGGUGACAGUGACAAAAUGAAUUUAAUGACGGGAGAUGGGUGCCAGCCAAACUAAAAUACUGACAACUCAACUCUGAGUUCAUAUACCUAAAAUCGUAUGAUAAAGGAAAUUGUUGACUGGAGAUUAUGGACGCCUUGCAUGCAAAGAGAAGUUGUGUGGGAGGUUUUUGUUUUACGUUGUUCUGUGAUCUUUGCAAGCAUGAAAAGACUUGUUUUGCAUUUAAAACCAGAAAACAUGUGGUCAGUGACUCAAAGGAAUAUGCUUUCUAGAUGAGAAAGACUUCCCAUUAGUUUUAAUUGGACCUGCUAAGUCUAGAUCCAAACAGAAGAGAGGCAGUUGAGAAUUCGAGUGGACAGAAAAUCCUGUAAUGCAAAGGACAGUGGGUUGGAGUGGGCGCAGCAGAUGUUGACAAAUGAGGCUCUUCCCAAGAUACUUCAACUCCACUUUGUAGAAAGUAAUAUGAAUUCAAGUAGGUAACUGUCCAGAAUGUUCUCUUCCAUCCUCAACAAGACCAAUAGAUUAAUGCUGCUGUCCUUUACAAAAGUAAGUCUGCAACUGCAUAAUUCAGAAACCUUAUACUGACUCAUCUACUGUUUUAAAGAAUUUUUUUUUUCCUUCACAAUUCCUCUCCAUCCACAUACAUUGGCUUUCGCCCAGCUGCAGUGUCUAGUGUGGAUUCCAGCCAAGUCUGUAAUUGCUGUGGAUAUCCAAUAGCAGGCUGGUAGUGGGAACUCAUUACCAUGCCAUCUUCUCCUCACUGUUCUGCCACGAUCAUGGCAGUUAUGACAGUCAAUGCAGUCCACAGUUGGCCGCUAAGGUUUGUGAUGACAUCAUUUUCAAAUGCUCCUCAGUUAUGCACUGGGAAGAACAUGGUGAUUUAACCCCAAGCCAGAGGAAUCCAAAACCAAACAAAACUGGUGGGUAGUAAGAUCAUGAAUGAGAUGAGAUAAUCUGACAAAAUAUCUUGCUGGGCUUAGUGUGCUUUCAGAUAAAUAAUUUCAUUCCCAGAAUCCUUACAGACUGUUAAUGCUUUAAAACCUUGAAAUAACUAACAGUAAAUAAAGGGAAAGUGUUGCUGAA